ACCCCUGUAUCAGUACUCCUCAAGUUGUUGUCUUCGCAAGACAUACAAUGGCCAUUUAGAUAUAACCAAUAUAAAUUUAAUUAUUUUUUAAAAUGCAUAAGUUUUUAAAAGACAGCGUUCUCCUGAAGCGAUCAGUCGAUAGUCUCCAAAAAAAUGUUAGAAACGUGAAAAAUUUUCCUUUGAAAAGUGUUCGCAGUGUGACCACGACAAGUUUUAAUUCGGAUAAUUUGUUCCCCGAAAGAGCAGAUUUUCCGGGCAGGCACAUAGGGCCGCGCGAUCAAGAUGUGGUGACUAUGUUAGAUUUGCUGGGCUAUAAGAGCUUAGACCGACUGACGGACGAUGCGGUACCGAAGAAAAUUCAACUAGAAGGUCUUAUGAACAUUUCCGAGCCCAUAAGCGAAUAUGAUCUCAUCGAGAGAGUGCGCAAAAUUGCUGAGAAAAAUCAAAUAUGGCGGUCAUAUAUUGGCAUGGGAUACCACAACUGCUGUGUCCCACACACCAUUAUGCGGAAUAUGUUCGAAAACCCUGGAUGGACUACUCAAUACACACCUUAUCAGCCAGAAAUCGCUCAAGGCAGAUUGGAAAGUUUACUCAACUACCAAACGAUGGUCAGCGAUCUUACUGGUUUGGAUGUUGCUAACGCGUCUCUAUUAGACGAAGGCACUGCAGCUGCUGAGGCUUUAUCUCUUUGCCACAGACAUAACAAAAGAACAAAGUUCGUGGUAUCCGAAAGACUGCACCCACAGACACUAGCCGUCGUGCAGACUCGUCUGGAUGCCUUAGGACUGGAAGUAAUGGUGGUGCCAGAUGUAAGACAAGUCGACUUCGCGCAGAGAGACAUAUCUGCUGUACUCCUGCAAUGCCCAGACACCAGAGGCUUGGUGUACGAUUAUUCUGGAUUAGCAGCUGCUGCUCAAGAACACGGGACAUUAGUCGUGGUAGCAACAGAUCUCUUAGCUAUGGCGUUAUUGAGGCCACCAGCGGAAUGUGGUGCAGCGUUAGCAGUUGGGACCUCCCAGCGCCUUGGAGUUCCACUGGGUUAUGGUGGCCCUCACGCUGGGUUCUUUGCCGCAGAACAUGCUUUAGUACGAUUAAUGCCGGGGCGUAUGGUUGGCGUAACAAGGGACGCUACAGGACGAGAUGCAUACAGAUUAGCGCUUCAGACCAGAGAGCAGCAUAUUCGACGUGAUAAAGCGACUUCAAACAUUUGCACAGCGCAGGCUCUUCUUGCUAACAUGUCUGCUAUGUAUGCAGUUUAUCAUGGACCUCAAGGACUGAGAGAUAUUGCCACGCGUGUACACAAUGCUACGCUUGUCCUCGAUCAUGGCAUCAGGCAACGUGGUCACAAACAAACCAACGACGUUUACUUCGAUACUCUCCACGUGGUACCAUCUUCCGAUCAUAGUGCAAGCGAUAUAAAGGCUCGUGCUCAAGCGAAAAAGAUAAAUUUGAGGUACUUUGACGACGGCGCUGUCGGAGUGGCCUUAGACGAAACGACGACUAUGCAAGAUGUUGACGAUUUGCUGUGGAUCUUUGACUGCCAAAGUGUUAAAGAGGUAUCCAAAGGUGACGUCACAUCGUGCAGCAUAUUGAAAGGACCUUUCCGAAGAACUUCGCCGUAUCUUACGCAUCCUGUAUUCAACAUGCACCACUCUGAGACCAGAAUAGUCAGAUAUAUGAAACGAUUGGAAAACAAGGACAUAUCACUCGUCCACUCGAUGAUACCUUUGGGUUCCUGUACAAUGAAACUCAACUCCACAACAGAAAUGAUGCCUUGCUCGUUCAAGCAUUUCACCGAUAUCCACCCAUUCGCUCCUCUUGAACAAUGCCAGGGAUACCACACGCUGUUUGAAGAGUUGGCGAGUGAUCUAUGCGCGAUUACUGGAUAUGACCGAGUGUCUUUCCAACCUAACAGCGGUGCCCAAGGCGAAUACGCCGGUCUCCGCACCAUAAAACGCUACCACGAGUUCCGUGGCGACACCGGCCGGAACAUCUGCUUGAUCCCGGUCAGCGCGCAUGGGACCAAUCCGGCGUCUGCGCACAUGGCUGGCAUGCGAGUGUGCGCGAUACGCGUCACGCCCUCCGGGGAUAUUGACAUGGAGCACUUGAAGGAUAUGGUAGAGGAGCACAGCGCGAACAUUUCCUGCCUGAUGCUGACGUACCCGAGCACAUUCGGCGUGUUCGAGGAGCGCGCCGCCGACGUGUGCGCGCUCGUGCACAAGCACGGCGGGCAGGUCUACCUUGACGGGGCUAACAUGAACGCGCAGGUCGGACUUUGCAGACCGGGAGACUACGGCAGCGAUGUAUCGCAUUUGAACCUGCACAAGACCUUCUGUAUUCCUCACGGAGGCGGUGGUCCUGGUAUGGGGCCUAUUGGUGUCAAAGCCCACUUGGCACCCUUCCUACCUUCGCACCCAGUAGUGGACCCGUUAGCAGACCUGGGAGAUGCUGCUCAUAGUUUCGGCUCCGUCAGCGCAGCUCCGUUCGGAUCAUCAGCCAUUUUGCCUAUUUCUUGGGCAUACAUAAAGAUGAUGGGACCAAAGGGCCUUAAGCGGGCUACGCAAGUGGCCAUUUUGAAUGCUAACUACAUGUCCCGCCGGCUAGACGGCCACUACAAAACGCUGUACAAGGGCGAGCGCGGUCUGGUUGCGCACGAGUUUAUCAUCGACGUACGGGACCUCAAGAAGACUGCUAAUAUCGAGCCUGGAGACAUCGCGAAACGGCUCAUGGACUUUGGAUUCCACGCGCCUACAAUGUCUUGGCCGGUAGCUGGAACGCUGAUGAUUGAGCCAACAGAGUCUGAAGACCUCCAGGAGUUGGACCGGUUCUGCGAAGCGCUCAUUACCAUCAGGAAGGAAAUCAAGGACAUUGAGGAUGGCGUUAUGGACAAACGUUUGAAUCCUUUAAAGAUGGCCCCACACACACAAGAAGAAGUGAUAUCAGAAGACUGGAAUCGUCCGUACAGUCGGGAACAAGCCGCUUUCCCAGCUCCAUUUGUCAAAGGCGAGACGAAGAUUUGGCCAACAGUAGGACGCAUCGACGAUAUGUAUGGAGACAAACAUCUUGUAUGCACAUGCCCGCCAGUACUAGAUGACUUCUGAGGAAUUCUCUAACUAAAGAUAAUUAAUAUAAUAAAACAGCGCAUUCGCAGUCAUAAUGUAAUGUAUAUUUUAUCAAUAUUGUCGUAGAAUAAAUAUCAUUUUCUAACAA